AUGCCUUCAAAUCAAGAAGAAUACCUUCUACCGCCGUUGUCAAGAUUAUCCCACUCCGAGCCCGACCGGCCACAAACGUCUUGGAGCCCAUUCGACGCGGGCCCUCCGGCCGACUCCGACCGUUCCUACAUCCGCUAUGAGCGGACAUCUUCCUCGCACCACGAGCAGGACAUCGCCUCCCACAAUGAGGCCUUUACAACGGUGGGCCUAGGAAUCGAAAAUGUGAGACGCAGGCCAGAAUCCAUCCACUUCGUUGAAGGCUUGGAUGAAGCUCGUCCCGGCGGAGAAUCGCGUUCCCCGCACCUCUCGGAGCAGGCCACGCCGCGGUCGCACACCUCGAAAACACCCCUUCUAGAAAGCGAGGUGCGAUGUCCUCAUAGAGAUACAAUCGCCCAGCGAUGGUUUCGCUGGGUGCCCAUGACCAUCCUGGUGCUGGCGGUAUAUGCGACCGUGUGGUCGGGGUUAUAUUUCUUUGUCGCCUGUCUGAAGCCGCGAUAUGGAAACUUCAUCGGCGUCGAUGGCAAUGUUGCGCCCUCGACUGCCAACUUAUUGAUUGCGAUGUUCGCGAAGACAAUUGAACUGGCAUACGUUACCGUUUUUGUCGCCUGUCUGGGGCAGUUCUUGAGUCGACGAGCCCUCCAGAAGGACUCCAACGGCAUCACCAUUUCCGACAUGAGCAUGCGGACAUGGAUCAUGCAGCCGGGGUCGAUGAUAGUUCACUGGGAGACAUUGCGCUAUUCAGCCUUGACCUUUCUCGGUGCGAUGACUCUGACGGCGACCAUCAUCGCGAUGCUGUAUACAACUGCAGCGGAGGCAUUGGGUAAGUGCACAGGCCCAGACGGGAUUGAGGUUGACAGUAGUGGCGUCUAUGAUUCUGACCCCGAUCAUUCAGUAUCACCCAAAUUGCUUGCAGGACCGCAAGAAGAUAGAACUUUACGAGUGAAUGUUUCUACCGACUUUUUUAACCCAGUUUACAUGGGCCUGAACUGCGAAACGCCGAUCCUCAACCAGGCGGACCCAAUUUACCGUAAUACAACAUGUCUUCAAAUACAGCACGUCGGACAGGCAUACCACAACUACGUUGCUUACUUGAACCGCUGGAGCAAGAUGGUGACCAACGGCCAGGCUGCGUCGGCUGUGUUAGAAGAGCGACUUCCUCCCUCGGGUUCGAUCCACGAUAAUACAACGGUGACUGGAAGUUGGAUCGAUCGCAGCAACAUGACGGAGUUGUCGCUGCGGCAUAAACGGAUGGUCUUAAAUGUUACGGCUGCUAUGCCUCAUGCUGGAGUUCUCGCCGCGGCAAAGGACCCCGUCAAUGGACUUAAACAGCCACAAAAUUCAUCGGAGGGUCAGUUUGACAUGGUCGUCGCUGCUCCAUGUCCGGCAAUCAACGUGCUGUGCGUGGGCAUGACAGCUAAUGAACUGAAACCACUGAUCUAUGAUAUGUGGCCGGGGAAGAAAUUCAACGUGGAGAAGUGGGCAGAACAAGAGAAGGAGCUCCCUACCUGGCCAGACUCCUGGCUGAAUCGAACUGUUGUGGACGAUAUCUUCGGUUGGGGACCAAAGUAUGGAUGGCGUCCACCCAUUUUUGGCAGGCUCCCCGGCGAGUAUCAGACAAUCCUCAACCAUUCGGCGCCAUUUGGCAACGCAAUGUAUGUAUUGGGGAAACCUCCUAACGCCACGGGGGUGGACUACGCCCUAUGCUCAAUGAAGGCGAAAAGGACACCGCGUUGUUCCGUGCGAUAUACUGCAUCUGCCAGUGGAGCCAAGUUUAUCACGGACUGUGAAAAGCCGAAUAACAAGUGGCAGUUCGAUCGGUUCUUUCCAGACGCAGUGGAUGGUAACUGGAGCUUGGAUUGGAAGAACAUCGGAUCAGAAUGGGGGAAUUCCCUGAGUUUGAAUGCCGGCAUCAAUGACGGCAAGGCAUCCAAUGCCCGACUGCUGAUGCAGCUCACCCCCUCGGACUACUCCCUGGAGCCCGGUCUACCAUCUCUCGCGGAGGCGCUGGCAGUAAUGGCAGGCAAUACCUUGAUUAUGGGGACGCAGAACGCCACCUUCCUUCCCUAUUGGAAUCACUCUGACGCCUCCCUCGCGGAACCCGAGAUCGAAUACUUCAACGCCACUAUAAGCAUCGUCGACUACCAAUCCGCCGGGACAGAGAAAUGGCAGGGUGCCUUCUUUCCAGUCUUGUUCCUCACUUUCGUCACCAGCAUCCUGUGUCUCGGCUACUUGUUAAGCGAAAAGGGUCGGCAGCUCACCGACUUCACAGAGCCGCAGAACCUAUUCGCUCUGGCCAUCAACAGCCCGGCCACAUCGCGGUUAGAGGGUGCUUGUGGUGCCGGGCCUCAAGGACCUCAAUUUAAGGAGAAAUGGUUCGUGGGUAUGGAAGAGGAUGACGAGCAUUAUUAUAUUCGGACUAAGGCGGAGGAGAACACUCCGUUGAUCUCGACGGCAAAGGUGUCGACGGAAUCCGAACGUCCUAAGUCAGUAAGUCCAGCUCUCGAGGAAUAUCGAAGAUUGUCUACAGGGCAGGGCGUCCUUGGUAGAUGGUACUAA